AAGAACCAACUUUGAAAAACUCAAGCACCAUGGCCAAGAUCGCAAUCGUAUACUACUCCACCUACAACCACGUUUCGACGCUGGCCGAGACCAUCAAGGAGGGCGUCGAGUCCGUGGACGGCGUGACCGCCGAGAUCUACCAGGUGGCCGAGACCCUGCCCGAAGAGCUGCUGACCCAGAUCCACGCUGCCCCCAAGAAGGACUACCCGAUCGCCACCCCAGACACCCUGAAGGAGGCGGAUGGCAUCCUGUUCGGUUUCCCCACGCGCUUCGGCUCGCUGCCUUCGCAAAUGAAAGCGUUUUUCGACUCGUGCGGUGGUCUGUGGGGUGCAGGUGCCCUGGUGGGCAAGCCCGCCGGCAUCUUCUUCAGCACGGGCACCCAGGGUGGCGGUCAAGAGACGACGGCCCUCACGACCUUGACGUUCCUGGCCCACCAGGGUCUGACGUACGUUCCCCUUGGGUACCGUGCUCCGGAGCUUGCUAACAUGGAGGAGAUCCACGGCGGUUCGGCCUGGGGUGCUGGCACUCUGGCCGGUGGCGACGGGUCUCGCCAGCCGUCGAAGCUGGAGCUGUCGGUCGCCACCACGCAGGGCAAGUCGUUCGCCGAGAUUGCCAAGAAGCUGGCCGCCUAAGUAUUUUACAAAAGAACUGUAUUGUAUCAGCAGCGCGUGUGCGAACAAAAUGACGUUCCGAGACUAGAGGUGUGCGAGCACGUGUGUUUUGCUGCACGGUUGUACGUGUAGCAGCCGUAGCAGUUUGCCAUUCUGGAGCAAAUGAAUAUAGCUCACGUUUUGCUGCUU